UAAGUGAUGAGUGAAAUGUUUUAGUAUUAUAAUUGGUUUAGAAAAAUGAAUUCGAGUGACAGUGCAGUGGUAGAAUCGCAUCCCUUAUCCCGUGAUGCUGCUCCCAUUAUUGUGAUUAUGGAGCUAAUAAAGCUCACAGCCGACCAACGAAUCAUUUUUUCGGUUUUCGUGUUUAUGUUUUUAAUAUGUGCGAUCAUUUCAAAUACGGCAACCUUAUUCACAGGAGUUAGAAGCCGAAAGAUACGACCAUUCUUUCGAACGUGUUUAAUUUGCUUAGCAACCAGCGACUUACUAAGUUCUGUAUUUUCCGGAGUAACAUAUCUAUCACAGUAUUCAGGAUCAUAUGUUCAGGUUUGGAGACUCGGAAGCGUGAUGUGUUCCCUGUCCCCAUUCAUGUCAACAGUUUCCGUCCUCGCGAAUAGCAUCACUUUGGUUGCAAUCGCUGUGGACCGAUAUUUAUCUGUGAUAAAACUGAUGAGAAACGUAUGGGAAACGCGAGGAAUAUAUUGCCUAUUUUUUGCUAUUAUCAUAUGGGGGUUAUCUAUUGGCAUAGCCAUACCAACACUGAACGCCUUCAAGUAUAUGACAGUAUACGCAGUUCAACUGGACCCGCACAACUCCUCCGUGAUAAUAUCAGCGGCAAAAAUAGAUUUAUGUGCAGCCGGUAAAGUGGAAAAUGCGCGCUACUAUAUGACACUACUUUUGAUCCUCUUCAUUCCCAUCGGAACUGCCUUCAUUUGGUUCAACUCGGUUCUGGCUUGGGAAAUAUGGAACCGGAGGAAGGCAAUGAACCGUCACUCCAGAAUGCCAGCAUCAUCGGCUGUACCACAGGACUCGGGCUCUAUUCAGCAAGCAAACAAAACCGUCUCCACUAUAAUGACGAUAUCAAAAAGCACGACUAACACAAAGCAGUCGGUCACAGUGGUAUCAAACGGACCUGGCCCCAAAAGGACUGCCCCAAGUGGGUCAACUCGAGACGGUCGACAUCUUCGGAUGUUUUCCAUAAUUAUAUUGCUGAUGGUUAUGUUCAUCGUCUUCCGCAUGCCAGUGUGGAUUUACCUAAUUUUGAAAUUCUACAACACCUACACAGAUCCCGUCCAUUGGAUCCUUCAGUACAGCUUCGGAAUUCUUUCGCUCUUUGGCUGUGCUUUGAAUCCUUUCCUCUACGCAUUCCUGACCCAGACAAUUAAUUACGCUAGCAUCAUCUAUAAGAAAGCGCUGGGAUGCUGUGGUCUGCGGAAACUAUUCGUCCGGGGAGCAACUACCAAAAGUGAUGUCGCCAUUUCAACGCCAGGAUCCCUAGCCGGGAAAAUGGAAAUUUAUAUUGUUGCAACGAAUAAGUAAUUCGCGGUGAAAGCUCGGGUAGAGACAUUUUCAUUUUUAUGGACGUCCCGAGAAGUGGCCAUAUCUGGUGACUGGAAGAGUUAAAUUUUACGUAGAAAAAUAUUUUAAUAUAUUCAAAAUUUAGUUCUUUUUA